AUGGAUGUGCAAAAAUAGAUGCAAUCAAAUAAUACAUUACAAAUUGAUUAAAAGCAAAAAACAAGUAUAAUAUGUGGGAAGACAUAUACUCGAGUAGAAGCAACUUACCGCUCAUUCGUAUCUUACAUAAAAAACGAAGCUUAGGUAAAAAAAAUAAUAGAAAGAUUGAAAAAGCUGGAGAAGUUUGACAAUUUUUAUAAAUACUCCUACGCAUAUCGCUACUAAGUUAAGGAUAAAACGAAAGAUUAAAUUGAAGAAGAAGUCAAUAGCUAGCAAUAAGCAUAAAUACAAAAAAGUGUAAAAGAAUGCUUUGUAGAUGAGUAAGGAUUAUAAACAGUUGGAGAAUAACUACUGAAUCUGCUUCAUAAAAAUAGCCUAGAAAAUAUAUUAAUUAUUUCAGCAGUUGAUAAAAGAGAUAUUUUGUUAGAUUUGAAUUAGCAAAAUUUAAGUUUUAUGGUUGAUAAGGCAGAGGAGUUAUUAUCAUAAAUAUUCGAAGCUUCUGAUGCUAGUUGUAAGAAGAACUAAAGUUUAAUAGCUAAAAAAUCUAACAAUUCUCCUAUUAGAACUAAAGAAUUUAAAUUGCCUUUGGUUGAAAAUUAAGCAUUGUAAACCAAUUAGAACUCUUAGAGAAAUUAAUUUUCUCCUUCAACAGACAGUAUUCAAUAAUGUUUUAGAGAUAGCUUUGUUAAAGGUCGAAUUAAUUAUGUAUUUUAAAAUGGAAAGCCUGCAUUUUUGGCUAAAAAAAUUAAGGGAGAAAAAGAACCUAAUUUAAAAUCUUUCAAGCCUUCUUUCCUUGAAAAGUAAUUUUAAAGUCAGCUAACAAAUUAUGCUUUAGAGAUGUAAGAAAUAAUAUCUAGUUUCACUUAAUAGAGCUACAUGAAUAUGAGAUUUUCUAUUUUAUAUGAUGACACACCAGCUAUAAACAGGUUGCUUUCAGUGCUUAAAAUUAUAUUUGAUUUAAAGAAUGAAAAAGAACUUGGGCAUUAGCAAGGAGACCUUGAAAAAAAAUUAUUUAAUUUAACAGUUGAAAGACUUAACUAGCAUAAAAUAAUGUAAAUCAAAGAAUUGAUGAUAAAAGACGAUGUUCUUUCAGUCAAAAAGCUUAAAGAUGAAAAUAAAUAUCUUGCAAGUGUUUUAUAAUUGGUUUUAAUCCUUAUUAAGAGUUAUGAUGCUUUAGAAAAGCUAAAAGACAUGUAGGUAUUUCAUGAGAAAGUUGAUGAAACAAACAGAAAAAGUUCAAAUGACUCAUAAAAUGGUUACAACCCCUCCAUAUAAAUUUAUUCAGAAUUUUUAGAUAGACCAUUUAUCCCUAGAAAUAUACAAACAAAUCAUAUCAGAAAUUCCUUUAAAGAAAUAAAAAACUUAGAAAAAAACAUAAAAAAGCUUAAUUUUACUCCAAAUAACUAUAAAGUUCAUUCAAUUUCAGGUUCUUGCAAUUCAUCACCUAGAGAUAGAUAUCAUCCUACAGCAUAAAGUGUCAAUAACUAUAGAAUUUUAUCAAAAGCACCUUAAACUCAUCGAAAUGUAUUUUCACAGCAAACAGAAAUGGUAGAAUAAUCUUUAGAUUCAGCCAGACUUCCAAAAAAUGUAAAUACAAGUUUGAACACCUCUUAAUAUCUGAAUUCUUAAGUGAAUGAGAUGAAUUAAUAUAAACAUGAAGAAAAAAAUAAUAUAAAUAACAAAUCAGACGUGAUGAAAGAUCAUUUACCAAAGUUAUAAAAAUAGUAAUAAUAGGAUCGCAAUUAAUUUAACAUGAGAAGGCCUAUAUCUUUGCAUUCAGAAAUAAAAAAACAGUGA